GCGAGAGAUCGAGAGCGCGCGAUCUAUUUGGCCCCGUCACGAAGGAAAAGCGCGACGAGCUUUGCGCACGAUUCUUCGGCAGCGGAGACACGAGCGGACAGACGCGAUCUCUCGUAGAUGCGGAAGCAGUGGGACGAUUCGUACCAUACCUGCUUAGAUUGCCGCGAGGGUGACGGGUCGUGAACGUGGCCGUGGCAGAGCUUGGCAAUCGGCGACAAGAUGAUCGACUUUCCGACUCUCGUGGUGCCGUCAUUCGAUGUGUUCUCGUCGGACUGGCUGAGUCAGAUCAACGAGGAAGCCAUUCUCGCUCAGGAGGAAGCGGAGUACGAGGAGAAGCUCAGCGAAGUUCGGAAUGCCAACUCCAAUUUGAUCCCCAUCGGAAAGACGACGCCUGAAAACGACCAGGAGGACUACGAGCCCGACGCCGAGGAUGAUGACGCAGACAACGCUGAAGAAGAGAGCGAAGGUGAAUAAUUAAGGUGGAUCGUCGUCGCAUAAUGCUGAAUUAUGUGGCCAUAGCGCCUCACUCGAGGUGAUACAUCAGAGUCUGCGACAGCCGGCUUUGAUGUGCAUCAUAUGGAACUAUUCUGGGUCUAAUGUUCUUAUCUCCGUAAGAGACUGCAGUGUUCACACAUCCUUCGCCUCGUUGCUGGAUUCUUCUUUUUGGGAGUUGUGUCCGUGGAUCGUUCGGUUUGUUGACAAUCCGAGUGAUUGAAGCGUGUUCUUAUGGGAGGCAAGCUUGGAGCUUGAAAAUUUGCUGGAUGUUCACAGCGGCGGUUAUAUGUAGAGAUAUGUAGAGCACAUUUAGGGUUGCAAUCCUUGGGAUUAUAUAUAAAGCAGUACUUUGUGUCCAUCAGAUAUGUGGACACUGGUUUGCAGCAACGGGACAGUUGUUACUACAGUACAUACAUUACAAUUUUCCAUCAGUGUGUGCGAUUGAAAAGUACAAAUCCAUAUAAACAGCAGGUGACUGACUGUUGGAUAAACAAGUCUCCCAACCGUGUGUGGUUUGCGAUUGAGGAUCCUUAAAAAAUAAUUUUUAUAGUACAAGUUUGUCAAAUACAUGACGAGGAUGCUUAUCGAACAUUGAAGCCCUCUUUGUGGUGUGCCAACGCAAGGCUAGUGUAUGUACAUAUGAAAAGGUGAAAACCUCAUGCAAGUACUGAGUCUGUUUGGACGCUUUCCGUGGCCGGUUUGAGCUUGGGGCAGACAGGACUUUUUGGUUGUGCCAUUGUACCUGCGUGAAGAGUGGAAAAAAGGUUCAGCAAUUCG